AUGUCCUUGACGGAGUCUCUCUCCUUCCUACUGGACGGCUUUGACCCCCGCAGGCAGCGGCGUCGUCGUUGGAUGAGCCGUCUGGCUGACCGUCUCGAGGUGGACCCCGACACGGAUCGCAACAUGAGUAGAGAUGAACGCGCUGCUGAGGCCUUGAGGAGGUUCUUCCAUUUGCACAAACCCCAUCUCCAUAGUAGCACAUCAGCCCCCACUGAAGCCCUACCCCGCUCUGGCAUGACCCCAGCGGCAGACCCUCUCGAGGUUGUGUGGAUGUCCGAGAUAGCUCCGCAUAGCUCUGGGAUGUGGGACUCGAUGGUGCCCUUCUUGCAAGCCAUAGUAGGGCAAGGGUCGGAAAAACAAAGACGCGAAUGGAUACCCAAAGUGAUGACGAUGGAAGUCGUUGGUUCAUAUUGUCAAACUGAGUUGGGUCACGGCUCUAAUGUGAAGGGCCUCGCGACGACCGCUACCUUUAUUGCUGGUGAUGGUGAUGACGGUGAGGCUCACUUCCUGUUGAGCACUCCUACUCUUACUGCUACUAAAUGGUGGCCUGGGGGGCUGGCCCUCAUCGCCACGCAUGCUAUAGUCUAUGCGAGGCUGGUCCUGCCUGAGGAUGGCGAUCAAGGUGUGGCCGGUUUCAUCAUCACGUUACGAGAUACGAACCAUCGUGUUUUACCGGGAAUUCAACUGGGGGAGCUUGGCCCUAAGAUGGGGGAGGAAUCUCAUGAUUCGGGUUGGAUGCGCCUCGACAACCUCAGAGUGCCCCUAGGGGCUCUACUGGCCGGCAAAGGGGAGGUUACGAAAAAUGGUAAAUUCAUCAGCAACCCCAGAGCGAAUACUAGACUGGAGCAUUCGUCUAUGGUGGCCACCAGAGCUGCGUGGAUAGCCUUAUCGGGAGGGGUCCUAGCUAAAGCCGCUACUAUUGCUACCAGGUACUCUCACGUACGUCGUCAGGGUCGAUCCCCGUUGACCCCCAUUGGGGAGGAGGCCAGGCUUAUCGAUCACGAUGCUCAGGCUAUGAGGCUACUACGAGGCAUAGCUUCGGCCUACGUGCUUAAACUGGCCGGUCAAUGGCUGCUCAUUGACGCUGGUGUUGAUAGACAAUCUGAAUGGCUCGUCGGCGCGCUGAAGGGUGUGGCGUGCGCGUUGUCUGCUGACCUAAAUGAGGACCUUCGUCGUUGUUGUGGUGGAAAUGGCUACUUGAUCAACAGUGGGAUCGCGAGGAUUAGCUUGGAUAAUUUGUGGCGCGUGACGGCCGAGGGAGACGUUCAAGUUCUACUCUCGUAUGCUGGACGGAAGAUGAGAAGCCUCCCUGCAGAUUCCAUCCUGGGUGAUGAAGUCCCGUGGACGCUACCCCUCGUAGAGCUGCGAGGUCGUGCCCAACGGGCCCAUGCUACAGCCUGUGAUCGUAGCAGCAGUGUAUAUGAUAUCGUCGCAGCCCGGGCUUACUGUGAAUGGGUCUUGGCCAACUGGGCUUACUCUCGUGUGGAAAAAGUAGCGGCCUUGAAACCGGACUGUGAGGCGAUCGAUUUGGUUCGGAAGUUGGUAUCAGUCUAUGCAUACUGCAUUAUGUAUAUGCCGAUUUCUGGGAUGUCUUUAUUGCCGGAGUUGACCCCGCGUGGAGAUGGUGUGAAGGAGUUGCUUGCGUUGGUGAAAGAACUCCGUCCAGCAGCUCUGGCAUUAGUGGAUGCCUUUGAGUUUUCGGAUCAACAGUUGCUGGGGUCCACGUUGGGGAGGAAGGAUGGGAAGGUGUAUGAGGCCUUGUUCGAGGACGCAUGUAAGGCGUCGUGGUCAAGAGGAGUGCCAGAGACGGUACGGAAGGUCAUGAUAAUGCGACAGAGCAAAUUGUGA